UGAAGUUGCUGUUAUUUUUCUUCUCUUAUUCUCUCUCCUCUCUUUCGGUUCAUGAUAAAAAAAAAAAAAAAAACAAAACAAAUUAAGCACGCAGCAAUGCAGUAGAAACUAAACCCAGAAAGAAAACAAUAGCAAAAUGUGGAAAUCCAUUUUAGGGGGAGACGAUGAAGAAGAACAAAGAGAUGAAGGCUUCGUUGACGAUCAAACAACCAAUGAUGAUAAUUUUUGUGCUCUUUCUUACACAGAGAGAAUUUAUGGGUUUGCUGCUUGUUUGAUCGCUGGAUUUCUCUUUAUAUUCCUGUCAAUGAUCGUGUUCGUAAGGCCCAUCAAGUUUGCCCUACUGUUUACUUUUGGGAAUGUAUUGGCUGUUGGAAGUACAGCCUUCAUCAUUGGACCAGCUGAGCAAUUAAGAAAGAUGUUUGAUCCUGUCCGCGUUUAUGCAACUGCUGUCUACCUGGGAUGUGCAGUUUUGGCUCUUAUAUGUGCUAUUUUGAUUCACAGCAAGGUUUUAACUCUAUUUGCUAUGAUAUUUGAGAUAUGUGCUCUCAUUUGGUACAGUCUAAGCUACAUUCCUUUCGCCAGAAGAGUAAUUUCUGAUGUGAUGGUCCGCUUCCUCGACACUGAAAUUUAAAAGUGUCACCGUUUCAUCACUCCUCUCCACUCAAUUCACGACUUCACUUGGCUCUUUCAGUUCUCUGGUGUGAUAACCGAUUCAACCAGGUUCAUACGGUUCCUUUUCCAGUCGCUUUCCUUUCUGCACAUUACACCAAUUCUUUAUAUACGUACAGUUUUCCUGUAAAUUCCCCGUAUAUUUUUUUUCUUGUUGAACUGGGUAGGAAAAGUUCCGACUGAUCAAUCUAAGCCAAUAAAUGUUCCUGUCAUCCCGUGUGCUAUAUCGACACUGACUGACGUGACUGUUUACCGCUGUUACCUACAAUCUUGUGAUGUUGAUUCGCAACAACCUUAAUCCAGUCUGCACCACCUACCCCAGAUUGGCUGCCGAAAAGUUUUACCUGUAUUUAUUUUAUGUAUAUGCUGUUUUUUAUGAGUACUUUGUUCCGAAUUCUUUGGAAAAAAAAAGGAUGUAUGCGUGCCGUAGUUGCUUGCUUAUUAAACAAAAGGACUCCAUCUUUGAAUUCUAUGGUUAUUGAUGUUGAUUUCUGGAAUUUUAUAUGAGCCUGGUUGUGUGUUA